GCUGGCUGCCUGGCACACAGCUGACCAGAGUGUGACAGCAGCAGGACGGGCGGCACGAGGGAGAGGAGGAAACACACGCCAAAUACCUAACAGGGGAGAGGAGAAGCUGCAUUUAGCGCUACACACACUAACAAGGCACAUGGCGAGGUGAAGAGGGGGAAGGCAGGAGCAAGAGAAGGAAGGAAGGAAGGGGACGGAGGGCCAGGCACACGAUAUAGGCCACCAAGGAAGAGCCGAUAACCGAUAAGACAGGUGGCGGGGAGAAUGUGUUGCUCCCAGGACUCGACUUAGCCAGAUUCACCAUGUCAGAAGAGAGCACCCUGCUGGACACGCUGACAUGGGGCGUGGGGGGAAUAUCGUCGCUGGCGAUGAUGUUCGGUGGCGUGGUUCCCUACAUCCCUCAGUACCUGGAGAUCCGGCGCACCGAGAACACCGAAGGGUUUUCUCUUUAUGUCUGUCUCGUCCUCCUUGUGGCCAACACUCUCAGAAUAUUGUUUUGGUUUGGCCAUUGGUUCGAACUUCCUCUGCUUUUCCAAAGUGUCAUCAUGAAUGUGGCAAUGAUGAUGCUCAUAGCACUCUGUGUGUCCAUCCGAAGGAGAGGGCAGCUUGUGCACAACAAAGAACAUGUAUUCACUGACUUUGAUUACGACUACUUCUGGGAGUGGACGGACGUGCAGUCUUACGUGGAGUUCAUGCUGACGUUCUCCACCAUGGGCUGCCUCCUCAUGUACGUGUUCAUUGACUCAGCCGUGUUCGUGGAGACGGCCGGCUUCAUCUCGGUGCUGACGGAGGCGCUGCUCGCUGUGCCACAGUUCUACAAGAAUUUCAUCACCAAGUCUACGUAUGGCAUGAGCCGCCAGAUGGUGCUGAUGUGGCUGGUGGGAGACACUUUCAAAACGGUGUACUUCUGGCUGCGCUCGUCCCCCCUCCAGUUCUUUGUCUGUGGUUGUCUACAAAUAUUCAUCGAUAUUCUAGUCCUCGGGCAGUGCUUUAUAUAUAGGAAAAAGAAGUCUCAUCUCAUCAACUGAGCUGCUUACUUCUUAACGAGUGUUCAAAUGUAUAAACUAUUCAAGCUAUUCAUCACAUUCUGCACUUAGAACAAAACAGUUGAAUUUUAACAUAUCUUUUCUCACCUUAGAAGUAAGGCUAAGGAUAGAUUAGAAUCAGUUACAAUUGAUGAUUUUUUAAGCACAUCAUGUAAUCUCAUGCAUCAGGUUUGUGGCUUUGUGGCUCACGUUUAGUGUAAUGCGUGUGAGUGUUGUACUUAUAACACCGGUGUGGAGUGACAUGUUCAAAGGCUACACGGCUUUCUCUGAGUGAUGUGCCUAUUUAUCAGUCAUUUGGAAUACUUUUUUUCCUUUAUGGUGACAGAGCGAAAAUAUUUAUUAUCUGACGUAAAAAUGAUUUUAAAGUUAACCUGCACAAGUGCCUUUCCUCUUUGGGAAAUAUACACUGCCUCAAUAUAUCAUAAUCAAGUAAUGAUUCCAUAUCAGGUUGUAUCUGCUAUGGAUGCCUUAUGAGACUUGAAUUACCGUGUCCCAAAAGGUGCUGCAAGUUUGUUCCUCAAUAAAUUGUUACCUGUAGGAUAGUGUCUAAGGAAAGGUUCCAUUGUUGUUUUAUAAAUAAGGUUAUGUGUCUAAUAAAGUUUUAUAUUUCAA